CUCUGGACCCUGGCCCACCAUGAACCCCAAACGGCCCAAAGACGGGCUAAUGAGCGCCAACAAGGGCCGAAGCGGGCCACGAAAAGGACAUCAAAAGGGGCCAAGUUGGGCCCGAGGCGGGCAGGAAUCGAGGCCGGUUUGGGCCGCGCUUUGGGGCCCACGUUGGGGCCGUACUCGUCCAAUGGUUGAUCCCGCAGUGCGCUCAAUUCGGUUGGGUUCAAUGUUGCAAUCGCGCUUAGUUUACACGCGUGGCAGAUACUUUGCUUCCGAAGCAGGGCCUCGUACCUUAUACAAUCGCAGUGCUCUUUUGUUGAUCAUGCGGUUCCUAUGGCUGUCACUGGUGGUACUCCGGCCUGUCCGUGGACUUUCCGCAGUCAGUCUGUCCCAGACGGAAACAGAGGACAGCAAGUUGAAGAAUUCGUGCGAACCCAUAGGGCAAGAAGUUGAAAUGGACGAACCAUUCGAACAGCGAGUAGUUUUCCCUCCGAAGGCGAACUGCAACGAGGAAAGCUGGACGAUUCCUAAGUUCAAGGUUUCUGGCGGAAAACACGUCACGUUCUCGCAGAAGCCGUGGAUCGUGUUCCGAGGGGCAACAUUUCGCAGCUCGGCCGACGCGCAGGAGGUGGCGCUCUGUUCAAUCAGGCGCCACGUGGUGGAACCCCUGAAGAGGGCGUACGCUUUGAACUCGGUGCACGUGCACCUCUGCGUUCGCCCCCACGGGGCGAACCGUCGACUCGUGGCGAGCGCCGAGAAGUAUUUCGGGGCCGCGAUCGGCGACGUUAGCUUGCGGGAGCUGAGCAAGGCAGAGCAGCCCCUGCAGCAGGGCCAGUACAGGGCCUGCCUGGCUGACGUGCCCAACGACGCCAGGUUCGCGCUCAUCCUGCGGCCAGACCUGGUCUUUAAGGAGAGUUUGAGCUUUGAACGCGCUGUGUCCCCCGACAUGUUCUAUUUCCAGUGGAACUUGUUCCAAUCUUGCGUGAAUCGCGAAAUCGCGGACCAGAUUCAUCUAGUGGGGGGCAAUUUGAUCCCGGAGUUGAAAGACAAGUGGAAUAGCGAGCAGAUGGGGGCAGUCAAACCGGGGCAGGCAUAUUGGGACACUUUCCACAUGAUGUUCAUGUGGGCCGCGAGCGCGUUCGGACAGGAGCGCUUGGGAUAUUUGAUGGAAUAUCCCGCCACGAAUUGUUUUUAUCAGGGCAGCGGCGAGCUUCCGAGAUGGCACAAAUACGGCUUCUGCAAGCAGCGUGGGAACCCGGGGGGGGGGAUGCACCACGGCAACCUCACGAACCCGCUGUUCACCUACGACCGCUGGAUCAGUGCCGACGGAGAGGCGUUGUGCAAAUGGGACUAGACUUCGGGGCCCAGGUGCGCGGGCGAAGCGAGGCGUUUGGCCUCUUCGUAGCGCCGGGAGGCAGCGCUUGGCUGUGUCUCGUUUUUUUCUUGGAUUUUGCAUUCGGUUUUCACGUUGCCGAGGAGUAGCCGGAGGAACAGGAAACCGACGCUCACUCCUGAACUUACGUUGAAACCUUCACCUCCCAUCCUCAGAGAACAGGCGCGCGGGGCGCGCCUGGGCGCCGAAUUUGGUGAGCGAAGCCCAAAUGCGUGUGCGGGCGGAGGCAA